ACAAACCUUGUCUACAAACUCUAUAACCAUAAACCAUUUUCCAGAAGAGGAAAAGUACAGGAAACCGCUCUCUUUUCCGAGUUUAGAAAUUUAAAAAUAUCGAUUUCAGCAAUAUUUUCUUGAUGGGAAUAUGAAAAAGCUGCAAUCUUGAAAUGGGUUUCUACGAUGCAGCAAAAUAAACCAAUAAUAAGCGAAACUCCUUUGGUUUUUUGACUUCAAUGUCUGCUUAUUUCCAUCAGAACCAUUGUGCCUCUGAAUCGCUUCAAAAUUCUGAAAAUCUGUCCCUUUGUUUUCGUCAAUGGAAAAAUGGGUGUAGAAGGAAAUUAGUUUAGCAAGCUUGUUCGUUUCUCAUUUGCAAGAUCUUUCAAAUCAGAGAGAGAGAGAGAGAGAGGAGUUUGUGUGUGUUUGCGGCUUUUCGAAGUUGAAUUAUAAAAGGAAAUUGGGAAGGGAAAGUUUGAAUCUUGAUUUUUCUUAUUAAUUUUCUUUCAAGAUCUUUUUUUUUCUUUUGAUGAAUUUAGUUGUGUAAAAAAUGUCGGAUCUUUACGGAAGCAAUGAAUCUGAAGACAUGUCGUCUUUCCUUCAAAUUCUUCUGCAAAACUCGUCAUCUUCUGCCGCCACCAGCGACAGCGCUGCGGCCGCCGGAGGCUUGUUCGGCGGAGGAGGGGCGGUGGCGGAGUCCUCCACCAGCAUCAGUUUCUCCGAUCCCAGCUGCUUCUUCGCCAGAGAAUCUGGUGGGGUGAGAGGCAAGAAUCUGGCUUCCACUUGUGAGGGAGGUGAUGCUUGUGAUGUACCGGUGAAUCCAGUCCCACCGCGUUCUUCAAAGAGAAGUAGAGCUGCUGAAGUCCACAAUUUAUCAGAAAAGAGGAGGCGAAGUCGGAUCAAUGAGAAACUGAAAGCACUUCAGAAUCUGAUUCCAAAUUCUAACAAGACUGACAAGGCAUCUAUGUUGGAUGAAGCCAUUGAAUAUCUGAAACAGCUGCAACUACAAGUUCAGAUGUUGACAAUGAGAAACGGGUUGAGUUUACAUCCCGGAUACUCCCUGGGGUCACUGCAGUCGAUGCUAGCACCCUCAGGCGGUCUGGACAUAGACGAAGGUGAUCCACUGCUGCAUGCAAAUAGAGGGCUCUCUAGGGACCAAGACGUCUUUAUGCAAAGCUCUAUUGCACCCACGAGCCACGGCCCCUCAACCCUGCCAACGCUCAUGCCAAACACUACCAGUGCUUCAAUGCUCCCUAGUUUUGCACCACCGUUGCAGAACCGUUAUGGACUGCUCAACCAUAUGGCCUCCACAAAGGACAUUUGCAGGGAUGACACGUUGUCUCGGUUGCAGCUUGAUAUAAGCUGCUCGGGCAACAAUUCGUCGCCGGGGGUGUCCUCAUAGUAGCUAUAAACAAAGAAAAUAAGGAUACCAAUUUGAGAGAGGUGAUGUUGUUUCUAGUUGUGGAAAUGAUGUCAAGUUAAAUGAUCAUUGUUUAGAAGUAUUGAAUAUUGGAAAUACAGACCUUGAUUAAUACUAUGAACACACUUGCUUUUCUUCUUAUUA